AUGGCCGGCGCCGCCGGCAACAGCAUCGGCAAGGUGCUCCAGAAGAAGGGCACCCUCAUCCUCCCGCCCCUCUCCUUCAAGCUCAAGGUCAUACGGGGCUACGCGCUCAACAGGCUCUGGAUCAGCGGCUUCCUCCUCGACAUGUGCGGCGCCGCCCUCAUGCUCACCGCGCUCUCGCAGGCGCCGGUCUCUGUCGUGCAGCCGAUUGCCGGCUGCGGCCUCGCCAUACUCUGCGUCUUCUCCCAUUUUUACCUCAAGGAGGUCAUGAAUGGCCUUGAUUGGAUUGCCAUCACAAUGGCCGGUCUCGGCACCAUAGGAGUCGGUGUAGGAGGGGAGGAGCAGAAAGUGGAAGAGAUUCCCCUUUUCAGUAUACCUUGGCUGGUGCUCACCGUUCUCAUCUUGUUUGUUCUGCUCAACACUUGGCUUCAUAUCUACAAAAAGCAAAGGCGCGAACAAGAGUUGACUGGACCUGAAGUGAUCGAGGAGGUCAUAUACGGCUUAGAAUCAGGCAUUUUGUUUGGGAUUUCAUCAGUGAUCUCUAAGAUGGGAUUCGUGAUGUCUGAAAUGGGCUUUCCGAAGAUUGUUGUGCCAGCUGCCAUUUCUUGUAGUGUGGCCUGCAGUGCCGUGGGAUUUGUUUACCAGAACAUGCACAUGUGGGCCAUUGCGAAGACAUUUAAAGCAGAAUUGAUUUGUGAACCUGGAAAGCAUCAAAUUGUUGGAAUGGCAUGAAGGAUCGUUGCUUCUUGUUGGGCUCUGUCUUGAGCUGGAAGACGUCCUUGAACAAGUACAAGUGUGUCAUCUUUUUCCAUGUUUGCUACAACUGUUGCGUUACCAACGAUUCCAAGUUUCUCUUGCUGUCCAUUGUGCCAUGGUGGCAGGUGAACAGUUUUUUGAUGGUCAUCAGAAUGAGGCCCUGCAUGGAGGCAUUCUAGAGGUAUCUCCAUACUAAAGAAAAAAGGUUGUUUAGUGUUGAUCUACAUUCAGGUGGCCACUCAGUCUGUUGGUUAGAUACCUCUAGAUCACCCCUUGCAAAGACUCAUGCCAACAAGGUUUGGAGACUCCACUUGUUGAGUUUCCAUUGCACAAUGAAAGAUAUGGCCAUCUUGGUAUGGAAGAUGAAUGAGAUGUCAUACCAUUACUUGUUCAAGGACAUUUUCCUGCUCUUUAGAGAGACUCACCCCGAAGCAGCCAUCUCUCACCUCACUUUAAAUGACUCUUUGUUGGAUUCACAGACCAAAUCCUCUUACUCCCUCCGGAUGGGAAUAUAAGUUUGGCAUGGGAACUUAGGUAGUCAAUUUAACUAGUGAAGCAUGUUUAAUAUGCCACAAAAAAUAUAUGGCUAGAAACUUCAUUGGACGAUGAAUCUAAAAAUAUUUUUUUAUAACAUACAUCAUAUUUUGCGCUAAUCAAAUCGAAGACCUAAAUAUCCGUGCCUGACCUAUAUUCACAUCCAGAGGGAGUGGAACAAAUCUGUCAAAAUGGCAAACAGGUGCACAUAUGCUGCACAAUGACAUUAACUACCGAGGUGCAUUAGUUCAUACUAUUUAUUCAUAGUUUUUAUGUAGUGUUUUUUGAGAACAUGUACUUGCUAGUCAAACUCUUACACCAAGCUUAUGACGCCACCAUAACGUGAAUAUUAGGGUACACCAUAUGGGAGCAAAGUGGAGCGGAGUAUUUUUUGUCUGAGUGAAGCAGGAACAUGGGUGUGACUGACCUUGAAUGGAGCCACAUAGUGAUGUCACAUAAUAUUUGCUGAUACUAAAAUUGAGCUAUAAAUCUUGCUUAUUGUAAAUCAUAUCACACUGCUUCUUCCUUUUUGCUGCCGAGACCAUUUUUUUAAUCUAAAAAGGGAAACACAUGUGCAUGUUCUAUGAAAGAAAUGCAAUCCUUUUUGCAAUUAUUUUUUACAAAAUUUAUACUGUACUAAUUUAUACUCCAUUGACAUUGAUGAUCUGCAAAAUUUUAAAAUUUUAUUAUUUGCAAAUUGUUUUCUCAGAUUGCACUAGUAUAUUGGACCUGUCUGAUGAAAUAUGUGUUUUUAACAUUUGUCAUAAUGACUUGUCUAGUUAUCUUUCAAUGCUUCUGCUCUGGUUUGUGGCUUUG